UCCUUGAUUACGGCGCCUGAGUUUCGAGCCGUUCGGCAGCGCAGAAUCCUAGCUCAAUUCACCGACAAUAACAGAGAAGACUAGACUUGCACGACAACAUGCUCCGUACUUGGUCGACCACCUUUCUUGCUGUUUUCUUCAUUACAUAUGCCCUGUGCCAAGAGCUUCCUUUCAAGCCUGGCUGCACUAAAAAACAGCUGAAUGACUGCGGCUCGGACUUCCUCAUCUAUAGCAACGUCACACAACUCCCCGAGAGUGGACAAGAAUUCCUCAACAAUUGCAAGUACCUGUCAAAUCAGCUGUCAUGUGCCCUAGAAUUCUCGAAAGACUGCUUGGAGGGUCUUCCAAGAGUCGCUGCCCUCCUAAGCUUGACAGCUAUGGAGGAAGAAUACGAAGCCGUCUGCACUGAAGGCACCGAGCAGAAUGAACUGUACCGCAAGGGCAUCGGGUGCAUGAAUAAAGCUGGGGACCAGCUGCACACCUGCAUGGCCACGAUGCGCGACGACAUGGAAACCGGUCUGGUGGCUGCGCCGCAAAAGGAGGUCAUUCAUUACUCCUGUUGUGCGUUCCACAAGAGCCAGGACUGCUUCGACGAUGCACUGGCGCAGUGUCCCAACACCGCAGCAAAGGAAUUUAUGAACAACGUCAUGGAAGAGGUCUUCGGGGAAGUGCUGGGACUAGUGUGUGGCCAAUACUCGAGGGGCUCGACGGCCUGCAAGGAGCUGCCGGUACUGGCGCCACCGGAUUCCGAAAACUUUGGCAACAAGGACCUCUUCGAGCUAGCCAUACAAAACGCGGCCAUCCUAGCCACAGGGGGCAGUUCGUAGUCGUGGCUGGAAAUAAAUCUGUCCGAGAAACAGCACGUUUCUUCGU